AUGAAAGAGGCAGCCUAUGCUGAUGAGCUGAAGACUCUUGAAGAGUUCAAACCUACUCGUAAUGAUUGGUUUGUUAAAGAAACGAGGAGGAGACGCAGAAAGGUUACUCCUAAAGUAAAAGAGGGCGAGGGAUCUUCAUCGCAACCGAAGAAGAAACAAAAGAAAGUUGCAAAAACGUUAUUAGUUGAUGAACCUGAGGAAGAAGAACCGGCAGUGAAUGUUGAGGAAAAUCCAUAUGCUGGUAUUGAAGAAGUGAUGUUAGAUCUUGAUGACUUAGAGGUUGAGCAGACAGCACAAGCUGUUAAUGUAGAAGCUCAGAAAGAGAAAGUUAUUGACGAUAUUGAAGGUGAUGAUGUUGAUAAAGAUACUACAAGUUCCUCGAGUUCUUCAGAAGAUGAAGUAGAUGAAGCUGAACGUUUAAGAAGAAUUCAGGAAGCAACAGAGAAAGAGAAGUUGUUGAGAAAGAGGAAAAGGCAAGAAAAGGAAGAUGCUCCAUUUUGGCAGAAAGAAGGCCGGGGCAAGAAAGAAAGUUGUAUCUCCAAAGAUCCGGAAAGUUACACCAAAGAUUUCAAAGCCGAAGAUCGUCUUAAAGAAGAAACCUUCCAAAGAAACCAGGAAACCAUCAACACCACCACAUGA